AUGACACGGCCAAAAUCGGCCGCUCUUGACGCCGUUUUAAGCGUCUCGCUCACCGGCACGGGCCUUGGUGUCACGUGUGCCAAUGCCCACGGCCAACAAGCCUACUUCCACCCUUCAUCUCGUUGGUCAUGCGUGGUGCCUAGUCUGUGGUGUCCACUCGUGAUGCAGCCGCCGCAGGCCCCGUCCUCGGUCACCCUCAUUCACCCUCAUAGGGGGAGCCAAAAAUGGCUCCCUUCUUUUCGCUGCGAUUCCAUAAAGAUCAGCUGCCAUAGCGUCCAGUUGCUCGCCCUUCCUCACUCCCCCAACGACUCUCCCACCUUAUACUUUUUCCUCCAGCAGACCGCUCGCUCCUAA